GUUGCUCUACUGUUUUGCUCCACAUUGAUCACAGCAGCGGAUACUCAAGAAGGACAUUUAAUAAAACUGGACUAGUUUUGUAUGAUUUUACGAAUGACAGAUUACGGUAUUCACAUGAUAACAGAGCUAUCGUCGCGAUGAAGUCCAUGUACAAGAUAACACUUCAGCUUCAACGGUGCGCUCGUGACAUAACAAACAUGUCCCAGCAGGCAGUGAACGGGAUCUCGCACCGGGGCAGGGUGCUGACUUUGGACAGCAUGAACCCCAACGUUAAGCGGGUGGAGUACGCGGUCCGUGGACCCAUCGUCCAGCGGGCGGUGCAGAUAGAGAAGGAGCUGAAGGAGGGAGUGAAGAAACCUUUCACAGAAGUCAUCAAGGCCAACAUAGGUGACGCCCAUGCUAUGGGUCAGAAACCAAUCACAUUUUUCAGACAGGUCUUGGCUCUCUGCUCUUAUCCAGCACUGUUGGAAGAUAGCAAGUUUCCUGAGGACGCCAAGAAAAGAGCACAGCGCAUUCUUGAGGCCUGCGGAGGCCACAGUAUAGGGGCCUACAGUACUAGCCAGGGGAUCGAGUGCAUCCGUCAGGAUGUGGCACGCUACAUCGAGAAAAGAGACGGUGGCAUCCCCUCCAACCCCGACAACAUCUACCUCUCUACUGGGGCCAGCGAUGCCAUUGUGACCAUAUUGAAGUUGCUGGUGUGUGGGGAGGGUCGUGACCGAACAGGAGUGAUGAUCUCCAUCCCCCAGUACCCUCUGUACUCAGCUGCCCUGGCAGACCUGGGUGCUGUUCAGAUAAAUUACUAUCUGGACGAAGACAACUGUUGGAGUCUGAACAUCACAGAGCUCAGGAGAGCGCUCAAUGCUGCGAGGGAGCACUGCAAUCCUCGUGUCCUCUGCAUCAUCAACCCCGGAAACCCCACCGGUCAGGUCCAGAGCAGGCAGUGCAUCGAAGAUGUGAUCCGAUUUGCUAAAGAGGAACAUCUCUUCCUCAUGGCUGAUGAAGUCUACCAGGAUAAUGUAUAUGCAGAGGGCUGCCAGUUUCACUCUUUUAAGAAAGUUCUGUUUGAGAUGGGACCGGAGUACUCAAACACGGUGGAAAUGGCUUCCUUCCACUCCACCUCCAAAUGUUACAUGGGAGAGUGUGGAUUCCGUGGAGGAUACAUGGAGGUCAUCAACUUGGACCCUGAAGUGAAAGCCCAACUCAUAAAACUAGUGUCUGUGCGUCUGUGUCCACCAGUCCCCGGACAGGCCCUACUGGAUCUCGUGGUGAACCCCCCACAGCCCGAUGAACCCUCUUAUGCCACUUUUAUGAAGGAGCGGACGGCAGUGCUAUCAACUCUGGCAGAGAAGGCCCGGCUAACAGAGCAGAUCUUCAACACAGUGCCUGGUAUCACCUGUAACCCAGUCCAGGGGGCCAUGUACACCUUUCCUGGCAUCACUCUACCUCAGAAGGCCAUUGACAAAGCCAAGGAGUUGGGCCUGGUUCCAGACAUGUUCUAUUGUAUGAGGCUGUUAGAGGAGGACGGAAUCUGCCUGGUACCAGGAAGUGGCUUUGGUCAGAGAGAGGGAACCUACCACUUCAGAAUGACCAUCCUGCCACCAACAGACAAGCUGAAGGUGGUACUGCAGAAGAUCCGGGAGUUCCACUUGCGCUUCACACAAGAGUUUUCUUAACAGUCCCACAUCUCAAGAACCAAUCUCUCAGUGCCAGUAUCAUUAAGUGUCUUUACGUGAACGAGGCGGCAGCCCUGUUCAUGUUCGUACAGUACAUGAAGAUGUCAAUAAAUUUCACUACAUGAUGCACUUUCUUAAAGUAUUGCCAGAUUUUAAGGUUCAAAGUGAUUAUAGUGCUGAUCGUCUCUGCAGUUUUUUAUUCUCGUGA